GCGCCUUUCAGACCGAACAAGUCCCCCUGAACGACCCAGCAGUCAUGGCCACCGACGACUACACUCCCCAGCUCGCCCAGGGCGGUCCCUCUCUCGCCGACCUUCUCACCAUCACCCCAUCCGUCUCCAUAUUCUACUCCUAUGCGCGCGAGCUCCAGCUCAGCGCCAUGUUUGCGGACCCGUCUCGCCAACUCACCCUCUUUGCGCCUACCAACAAGGCUGUCGUGAGCCUGCCUCGGAAGCCACACGAAGAUCCCAAGAUCAAAGAGGGAGUGAUCACAGAGCAGGAGUACGACACCCGCUCAAAGCACAACAUCGAGCGCUGGGUUGAGGCCCAUAUCAUACCCACAGCCGACCUUGCUCUCACUCCUGGCAAGACCGUUGAGACCAUGCUCUCCGGCAAGUCCAUCACCUUCGAGAAGCUCGAGCAGCCAGGGAAUGAGGACUGGCAGCGAGUGUCCCUGGAGGACGACGUCAAGGUCAUCGAGAAGAAGCAGGGUUCCAAUGGUAUCCUAUACAUGAUCGACGGCACAGUAUCGCCCAAUUAGGGCGCGCCCUUGACCUCUUACUUUUCCUCUUCGCCCUUGUAUCAUCAAGCUAUCGCUGUACAGUAGAUCUCUCUUCAUAUAGGAUAUCCAACAAU